AUGUCCAGGACCUUUCUCGAUGCUUCUAUUCCAGAUCUAGUCAAAAAACUCAGAGUCGACGAGAAAAUCUCCCUUCUCGGUGCUCCUAAUUGGUGGAAUACGACCACCAUUGAAAGACUAGGCAUACCGUCCAUUCGAAUGAGCGAUGGUCCUAACGGUGUACGCGGUUCCUCCCAUUUUGUCCCGACACCCGCGCAAUGUUUGCCUUGUGCGACUGCGCUUGCUUCUACGUUUGACCCGGGUCUAGUCAAACGUGUCGGUGUCUUCCUAGCACAAGAGGCUAAACUCAAAUCUUCUGUGAUUCUUUUGGCACCGACAUGCAACAUUCAACGAACGCCUUUGGGUGGACGAUCUUUUGAAUCUUUCUCAGAGGAUCCCCAUCUAUCAGGCACAUUGGCCGCCGCGUACGUCAACGGUCUUCAAUCGCAGGGUGUUGCUGCCACGAUCAAGCACUUUGUUGCUAAUGAUCAAGAAGAUGAGCGUACAGCUGUUGAAUCAGUCAUGUCCGACAGAGCGCUGCGUGAAAUUUACCUUUAUCCAUUCAUGCUGGCACAAAAGCAUGCUAAACCUGGUGCUUUCAUGACAUCAUACGGUCGUAUCAGUGGAGUGCAUUGUUCCGAGAAUAAGGAGCUCCUGACAAACAUACUGCGCAAAGAAUGGAAAUUCAAUGGCAUCGUCAUCAGUGACUGGUUCGGGACAUAUGGUGUGGAUCAACCAAUCAAUGCUGGCUUGGAUCUAGAAAUGCCAGGACCACCUCGGUGGAGAACCAGUACUUUGGUUUUGCACUGCCUGUCCGCGAAGAAACUGGCACAGUCCACUAUCGACGAACGUGUGACGAACCUCCUCACCUUCGUCCAGAAACAAGCCCGGAAAAACCCCGAGAUAGUCUUUGGCGAUGGUGCUGAACGGUCGCGAGAUACACCAGAAGGAAGACAAUUUUGUAGAGCAUUAGCAGCCGAGGGAAUCGUGCUCUUGAAAAACAAUGACAACCUUCUCCCAUUCAGUCAAGAGAAACCGUUGAAUAUUGCCAUUAUUGGCCCAAGUGUCAAAGAACGCGUUAUAUCUGGUGGUGGAUCUGCCCAACUCAAGGCCACUUACGUUGUCACCCCUUGGACUGGAAUAAACGAUGGUGCACAUCCCGAUUCCACUAUUCAGUACCACGUCGGAUGCUAUGCACACAAAUAUCUUCCUACAUUGGAGGCCAACCUGAAGACCCCUCGUGGUGAACCCGGAUGGCUUUGUACAUUUUUCUCCCAUGACGAGAACGGAGAAAUCGCCAAUCCAGUUCAACAAUUUACUCUUAACGAUACCAGAGUCAAGCUGAAUGAUUUUUUGCCAAAAGGAUUAACACCUACUUGGUCGAUCAAGCUUGAAGGCAAAUUAACUAUCGAUAAGACGUGUCUGUUCGAGCUAGGUUUGACAGUGGCCGGGCGGGCAAAGCUGUGGAUCAACGGCUCUCUUCUCAUCGAUAACUGGACAAAGCAAACUCCCGGAGAUUUUUUCUACGGACAAGGCACUAUCGAAGAAAAAGCCACAAUCAACCUCAAUGCUGGACAAUCUGUGGAUGUUCUCGUUUUGUACACUAACACUCCUCCCCCGGACGGCGACGACGAAAACGGCGAAGGCCGUUUGUCACAGCCCGCCCUGAUGCGUGGAGUGCGUCUGGGAGGGUGUGAAAAGAUCGAUGAGGACAAAGCUAUCGAUGAAGCAGUCGCUCUUGCCAAAUCUGUCGAUGCUGUUGUUCUCGUUGGCGGAUUAACACCGGAAUGGGAGAGUGAAGGAUUUGAUCGCCCAUCUCUGAAACUACCUGGACGACAAGAUGAGUUGUUCGCGCGAGUUGCCGAAGCAAACUCAAGGACAGUAGCCUGCAUCCAAGCGGGAUCUGCUGUCUCUAUGCCUUGGGUCGACAAAGUGGGGGGGUUGCUUCAAACCUGGUACUCCGGAAACGAGUCUGGAAAUGGCAUUGCAGACAUUCUAUAUGGAAAGGUCAACCCAAGUGGUCGUUUACCUUUGACAUUGCCUGUGCGCAUCGAGGACAUACCGGCAUAUCUCAACGACCGCAGCGAGAAUGCAAAGAUUCAUUAUCGUGAGGAUUUGUUCGUUGGGUACAAGCAUUAUCAGGCGCGGGGAGUUAAACCUCUGUUCCCCUUUGGAUUCGGCUUAUCCUACACCAGUUUCUCCCUUUCAGAUCUUGUGAUCAAUCAUCUCACUCCAUAUACAGACCCGGAUACUCUCCAAUUGGAUGUGGGCGUGACAGUUAAGAACGAAGGUGACAUCUCUGGCUCGGAGGUCGUUCAGCUCUACGUGUCCUUUCCCGAUAUUGGGCUUACUACACCGAAGUUGCAACUCAAGGGUUUUGCCAAAGCACAUAAUAUCGAAAGCAAGGCGUCGACGCAGGUUAAUAUCACUCUAGAUAAAUACGCCUUUUCAUUCUGGGACGAGACCACCAACUCCUGGAAAAUCGCUGCAGGAAAGUAUGGAAUCCACAUUGGCCCCAGCAGCGAUAACAUGGUUUUGAACGACACUUUUGAAUCUAAGGAAUCCUUUUCCUGGACUGGACUUUGA